GGUGAGUAACUGCCCCCCGAUACUUUUGCCGGGGGAAAGCCCCACUGAGGGUUUCUGGGGAGCCCCUCUUGCCAGCCUGGAGCUCUGCGGUGGCCGUGGGCAGGCGGGGAGCACCCUGGCGCUGCCAGGCCUCCCGUGUGUGGGCAGCUCGCUGGGGCUGCGGGCAGGGCUUUCCUCCAGCACUGCUGCCCGCAAGAAUGGCCGGGCAGGUGCCGGCCCUGCAGCCCCAGGAGGCAGUGUGGGUGGAUGGAGGCACUUGUGAUGUCAGGGGAGUCCAAUGCAAAGAAAGGGUGAGCAGGAUGAAGGAAUGUGUGAGCUUCUGCAGAGGGGUUGGGGGCUGAAGGUGAGACGGAGCCAAAGCCUCUUUUGUUUGGGUGCAGCAAGGGCAGAGUGGGGUCCCUCUCCUGCCACCCUGCCUGGGUGCAAAGCGCUGCUGGAGACCCAGGGAUUGGGAGGGCACAAGCUGCUGUGCACCAGCUCCAGCCUGGAGAAGGGGGGCUUCCUCUCCAUCUCCACCAGAUUAAGACAUGCCACUUUGAUAAGACACCAGCUGAACGGUUUUGGCCAUCCCAGGGAAGGAGACAACCCAGAACGUGUCCCCUGUUCCCUCUGUGCUGUGAGGGUCCAGCUACCUGCGCUGCCAAAAUUAACCCCCAGUUUCUUCUUCAAGCACUGGCAGUUCUGAAAGUGCCUCUUGUCGAGCCCCCGCCGAGACCUCGCUGCUCAUUUGCCUGAGGUUCAGCUUUUCCCCAGAUGCAAAUGCUGUCAGCUCUGGUUCCACCAAGUUAGUAACCAAGCGAGGGGCACAUCGUGCUGCAGAGCCCCUGCGUCCCCGGGGGAGCGUUUGGUGUGGGAGAAGGGGGCUGCAAACCCUGGCCCGGGGAGCCUCUGCUCCAGGGCUGCAGUUCUGUGGUGUUUGCCAGCAGCUGUGUAGCCACGAUGGUGUCUUUCCCGCGUGCGCUGCCCAGCGUGGGGACCAGCCGCCGCAUCCCCGACCCUUUUCCUCCUGCCCCCCGGGCUCUCCUCGGUUGACCCCCACAAGGGCUCCUCCUGAGGUGCGUGGGCUCUGUGCUGGGGCUCCUCACCAUUUCUCAUGGGCAGCUAGAGGUGGCUCAGGUCCUGCGGGGCAAGGUGGCCACCACUGUGGCAUGUUGGGAGCGCUUGACCUGUGUCUGCUUCUGGGGGCAACUGUAAGAGGCCAGCUGGGCACAAGGAUCACCGCUGCCAUGAUGAGCUCCCUGGAAAAACCUGGGCCUUUUGAGAUGAGCAGUCUGCAGCUUUUGAGCUCCUCAGCUCAUCUCCAUCUCUGCAGGAGUGCCGCCGCUGAGAUGGAGGCCCCGCUCCCUGGACUCUCCCUGCUUCUGGUCCUCCUGGCACUGGGAUGGGGAAGUGGGGCAGUCACAGCCCGGGCAACAUCUCCUGGUGGCUGCAAGAUCGUGCAGAGCACCGCAGACUGCACUAGGAGAUGGCUGAGGUCUGCCCCAGGAAAUCUUCGAGGUGAUACUGAGGAGCUGUUGCUCGAUGACAACACUAUCCAGGUUCUGGGCAACACCUCCCUCCUCUUGUACCACCGGCUGCGGCAGCUCAGCUUGACCAAGAAUCAGCUGGAGCUCAUCGAGCCCGGUGCUUUCCUCAGCAGCCAAGGCCUCCACGUGCUCUCCUUGGCUGACAACCUCCUCUUCACCAACUACUCUCUGACAGCAGCUGCUCUUUCUUCUCUGCCAGCCUUGAGGAUGCUGGAUCUAGCCGGAAACAGCCUCACUGAGGACAUGGUAUCAGUUUUGGUAUGGAACUUGUCUUCCUUGGAGUCCUUGUCUGUGGCCAGAAACGUCAUCAUGAGGCUGGACUCCUCUGUCUUCACAAACCUGACACAGCUGUUGGAGCUGAACCUGGAGAAGAACUACAUCUUUGAGAUUGACCAAGCUUUCGAAGGGCUGCAGAGGCUGCAGAGGCUGAAUGUAGCUUACAACUACCUCCCGUGUGUAGUGGAGUUCGGACUGACGCAGCUCAGGGUGCUCAAUGUCAGCAACAACGUCAUCGAGUGGUUCCUUGCCCUGGAAAGCGAUGACCUCUUUGAGCUGGAGGUGCUGGACCUGUCCCACAACCGCCUCCUCUUCUUCCCGGUGUUGCCCCGGCAGAGCAAGCUGCACUCCUUGCUGCUCAAGGACAACGAGAUGAGCUUCUACCAGCGCCUGCCCAACGGCACGUCCUUGGCGCACGUCAAGGUGCAGUUCCUGCUCAUCGAUGGCAACUCCACCACUGUCACGACGGUCAGCCUCUGGGAUGAGAUCUGCCACAGCAACCUCUCCUCCCUGCGCCUCCUGGACAUGAGCCAGAACCAGGUCUGGUACCUGCCUGAGGGUUUUCUGGCCCAGAUGCCCUCCCUGACCCACCUGAAGCUCAACCAGAACUGCCUGGAGACCUUUCAGCUCUCGGCUGGGGACCCCUUAGCCACGCUGACGGAGCUGGACCUCAGCCAGAACCGGCUGACGGAGCUGGGGGCAGAGGUGGGGGCCAGGGACAUCCUGUCCAACCUGCAGCUCUUCAACCUCAGCACCAACAGGCUGCGGGCACUUCCUCCUGGGGUUUUUACCUACACCAGGAAGAUCACUACAGUGGACCUCAGUCACAACCGGGUUGACCUCUGUCCCCAGCCAGCUGUUGCAGCUGAGGAGGAGAGGCCUCCCUGUGUGGAUGUCAGGGGUGUUGAGACCUUGACUCAUCUCUCCUUGGCUGGCUGUGGUCUGCAGGGACUGGGCGGCCACCCCUUCCAGGGGACGUCACUGAUGCAUUUGGACCUCUCUGACAACCGUCGGGCACUGUCCGGGGACCUGGCGUGGCUGCAGGACGUCGCUCUGACGCUGCAGGUGUUGUCUCUGAGGAACACCAACCUCUCCUCCGCCGCAGUGGACUUCUCUGCCUUUAACAGCCUCAUCCGCUUGGACCUUUCGGGGAACUCCUUGAGUGCGUUCCCCAGCUCGCUGAGCGGCCUGAGGCUGCGCAGCCUGGACCUGCGGGACAACUGCUUGCAGGCCCUGCCGCCCGGCGUGGCGCACACGCUGCUGGGCAGGAGCCUGCGGGAGCUCUACCUCGCCCGAAACCCCUACAACUGCUGCACGCUGGGCUGGUGGGACUCGCUGCAGCGGGUGCCAGGGCUGCACGUGGCCGACGGGCGGGACGUGACCUGCAGCUACGCCUCCCGCACGCUGAGCCCCGCGGCGCUGCCCGAGCCCGUCCUGAGCAGCUGCCGCUGGCAGACAGCCGACCUGGCACUCCUCUACCUGGUGCUGGCUCUGCCCACCUGCCUCACACUCCUGGUGGCCUUCGCCGUCGUCUUCCUCACCUUCAAGCAAAAGCUGCUGAAAAUGGUGAAAAGCCGGUGUGGGGUGUCCAGCCCUUACUGACGCUGAGGAGGAGGAAGGGCUCAGGAGCAGUGAAUACGAGCGGGUUGUCAGGAUUACAGGGGAUAAUCUCCCUGAGGUGUGUGAGAUGGAGACUUGAUGGCUGCGGGACCAGAGGGUUCUGGGAGAGCUGUUGUUCCUGCUACAAAUGCCCUAAGGGUGCUGAAGGGUGUGGGGCUGUGUCUGGUGACGGAACCUGGGGCUGUGUCUGGUGAUGGAACCCAGGGCCAUGUCUGGUGACAGAGCCUGGGGCUGUGCUGGGCAUCCUCAAGGACCAGUAGAAACCUUCAGCCGAUGUCGGCAAGAGCCAAGGGACACAACAUCAAACGCUUCUUGGCCAAAGGGACACAGACAGUUUCUCCAGAAUUGUCUUUCUCCUCCUUCAGGCAGCUCCUUUUAUUUAUUCACCCCUGUAGCCAACUCUCCACUGCAGCCAACAUCCACAACCUGCCCUGGGCUGGAGCAUCAUGCAGGUUCUGCAGAGAAGGGUAUCUGUGGCCACAGCUUCCCACACUGCUCUUGCCAGGCCCAGCAAACUCACAGGCAGCCCUGGGCACAUGCCCGUGUCCUUGUGCUGAUAAGGCAGCUGUUAUCAGCAGAGCUAAAAGAUGCCUUUUGGGGUGGUGUUGCUUGGUGAAGUCACAAUCCUGGGUAGAAAAACCCAUUAAAAUUAUCCCAAGGUGCAGCCAAGUAAAAUACUGAUUGAA